AAUGCGGUUACACGAUUGACAAUGCGACACUCAGUGCGCCUGCGCCGAUUUACAGGAAGUGUUAACAUUUUCUUUAACCAGCUGAUAGCCAAAUUGUCAACAGUUAAGCCUGCGAUACGUGCGCCGCUGAAACGACAGUACACACGACAAAACAAGGUGUGAAGAGAGGUCAAGAAGACACCACCGCCGAGGCUCGACCACACUCCGUUUGGAACGCAGUGCAAGAGUGCUCCACCCCAGGGAGGAGGCCCCAGCCCCCCUGCCGUCUCCUACGCGGGCCGCCAUGAGCUCCAGAGGGAGUGGAGGCCGCUCCAACGGCACACUUCCACAGACCAAGAUCUGCCAGUUCAAGCUGGUGCUGCUGGGCGACAUGGCCGUGGGCAAGUCCAGCCUGGUGCUGCGUUUCGUCAAGGGACAGUUUGAUGAGUUCCAGGAGACAACCAUAGGAGCUGCUUUCCUGGCUCAGUCGGUGUGUUUAGAUGAUACCACAGUGAAGUUUGAGAUCUGGGACACUGCAGGACAAGAGCGGUACCACAGCCUGGCUCCCAUGUACUAUCGUGGCGCUCAGGCUGCUAUCGUUGUCUUUGACAUCACCAAGCCGGAGACCUUUGAGAGAGCCAAGGCCUGGGUGAAGGAGCUGCAGAGGCAGGCCAGUCCUAACAUUGUUAUUGCCCUGGCCGGGAACAAGGCUGACCUGGCAGAGAGGAGACUAGUAGAAUAUGAGGAAGCCCAGACAUACGCUGAAGAUACUGGCCUGCUCUUUAUGGAGACCUCGGCCAAGACAGCCAUGAACGUCAAUGAGCUCUUCCUGGCCAUUGCAAAAAAGAUGCCAAAAACAGACACCCAAAACCCUACACAUGCAGCGCGACAUCGGGGAGUCAACCUCCAGGACCCUGAUGCCCACUCUACCAGAGCCUGCUGUGGUGGCAACUAGACCCCACUACUCCCACCAGUAUUCCACCAUCCACACCAACACAGCCCUUCAGCCAUCCUGUCUCCUUCAACCAACUUACAGGGGUGGGCCUGGUGCGGGGAAACCCAGCAUCCACUCACCCCCUUCCCCUCCAUUCAUCCUCCUGUCCAAGCAGACAGAAAAUCAAAGGAGAGAAUUAGAGGAAAGGAAGAGCCAGCAGAGAUGGAGGAGAAAGACGCAGUGUUUCACAUCUGUGUCUCUUGACCACCAACUGAGAUUCUGCAUUUGGAAAUGACCAGGGGGAGGUAUAGUGAGGACUUGAGAGGAGGAGAAUAAAGAAUGUGGAAGACAGUGGCAAGCCUGUUGUAGUAUUUAGUACUAAUUGUAAACUUUCGUUUUCAUUCUUGCAUCAUUUCAGUCGCAGCCCUGAUUGCGUAAAAAUGCACAAAAUGAGCAGCACACGCUGGCGAGCAGCCACGAAAGGAAAGGAGAAAAAAGGGUCAACACAUAAAAGCCAAAUGGUUAGGGCUGCGCUUGCUUGCUUUGCCUCCUCCUAGUCCAGAAUCAAUCAAAUCCUGCUGUGAAUAAUGCCACAUACUGUCCCACUGGAAUGAUCCCAUUAUUCCUAACCUGACCUUCCCUGGUGUCACUGGCACUAUUCAAACCCACAUCAGAUAAGCAGAGGCACAGUUUGCCCAACAUAAGUCAAUUUGUACGUAUUUAUUGUCCAGUAUUUUGACUUCUCUUGACUGCUGGUAGUGAUGCUCUAGUGUCUGCUUCCACUCACAUUACUCCUCUCCUUCUGUCCAGAUAGAAACUCAGUGUGUGAGGCCAAGUUCUGAUUCACUGAAAUUGUUUCUUUACAAGAUUGAUGAUUUUCCGUUGUGUUUCUCAUACAUACAUUUGGUCCUGCAGACUUGUUUAAGCGUGUUAAAGUGCAGUGUUCCUUUUUGGUUCCCAAUGCCUUGCUUGAGUGCUUGUAAGGAAAAUGUGAAGCACCACAGGCUGUAACACAAACUGCAACAAUAUAGACUUGAUAUGGAGUGUAUGUUGGCACAUGACUUUAACAUUGCUGUGUAUGAGCAGGAAACUGGUAACUCUAACUAAUUACAUGCCUGUAGCAGAAAAUAUAACCCUCAAACCCAAAGAAAGUAGUAUUGCAUCAGAUACAAGACUUAUAAAGACCAUGUUUUGAAUAAAUAGCUAAAUCCCAUUUUUCAAUGAUCACCGUGAGUGAUGGGGCUAAUUGACCCUUCCAAAGUCCUGCCCCUUUUCACCCUGUGCUCCAGCUAACAGUUGAGCAAGCCUCAGUCAACUUUCUCCCUUCUAUAUGCUCUUUGAGUGGGUUGGUCCUCAGCAAGAGGAGGAUGUUGGAACAACAAGGGAAGAUACAGGCUUGGCCCUUUGAUUGAUAGUAAUUUAUUAGUGAUCCUAGUUUAAUCCUUGAUUGACUAUGAAGACAAACUGAAAAAGGCACUCAGACUGGGAUUCCUUAAGAAAAAAUCUUGGUAUCUGUGGUCUAAUGUGCAUCUAUUGUGGGGGUCUUUGAGAACCUCUGUGCUAGGCUCGCCUAUGUUGAAAAGACACCCACAUUUGGAAGAUAGUUAAAAGGAGAAAAUUGACAGACUUGCUCAACCGUUAUUGGAGCACAAAGCAAAAAGGGGCUUUGCUAAGGAACUUAAGAGGGGUCAACUGUAAUAAAAGGAAAAUUCGGCCCAUCUAUAGCUCUGCCCAGAUGAAAUGAUUGGCGUCUGAUAAAUGUUAUAUUGGGGGGUGAUUAGUUAUAAACCUGUACCACGCCAUGUAGGACAGCAUCUGCCCAUCUUGUGUUUAAUGUGCCCCUCAUCUGUCCCCUUAAGUUGUUGCUGAACAUGAAAUCAGUAAUCUUAAAUGGUUUUACUCAUUCAUUUAACUGAAUAUGAUGCUCUUAAAACAGAGUUGCGUGCUUUGUUGCUGCCAAGGCUUAGCUGAACAAAAUGAGUAAGGGAUUGAUGAAAACACACAAAAACAAAACAAAAACAGAAGUGCCUAUUCCCAGUUUUCUUUUUUUGUGAAUCCUGUUUGGGGCUUUUCUUUAAGUGUGUGCUUCGUAGGUAAAGUGCAGGAGAACCAUUUCCCUGACAUUGGCUUGUACUUUAAACCAAUAACUGGGCACCCUGUCAUUAGGCUAUACUGUAUUGGCUCUUUGUAUGGAUGUAAAGAGAUCUUCUGAAUACACUGUAUGUUGUAUAUUGUCUUACUUUUAAUGGAAGUGUAUGUUGAUUUUAGCAGAGCACACUGGAAUGGAACGUUUAAAGGACUCUAAUCGAUGUUAUAAAUCUGUUUGAUUUAAACAAAUAUUGGUGUCCAGAAAAAAUCUUUGCUUCAUUUUCAGAUACACGACCACGUAUAUUUAAAGGCACUAUCAGUGAAAUGAGCAUUUUGGCUAACUUCCUGUCUGCUCUCCAGUUAGCAGUCCCCUCCCUCCUCCUAACGUCACCACACUGAUAUUCUGCUGCCUUCUGCUGGAGUUCUCUCUCCUGAUUGGAAAAAGUUGGGAACAGGAUACCGGGAAGUGUAUUCUCUGGUUUACUGCAGGAAGGAGAGGGACUGGGAGACAUGUUACUGACUGAUCUCUUAUAAUCAAUGUAGAGCUAUUUAAACUUAUUCUAACAAAACAAAUAGCACUUAAAGCAACUAAGGUAGUAAGAUCUUUUGAUAAAAAUAUGGUGAACUAAUUAAGGGUCUAAAAAAAAAUAAGAGGCAUUUGAAGAACAAUACCAUUUUCAAUUAGUAUUCAAAUACAAGCUAAAA